GCAAUGUGACUCUGAGGCAACAACGUUGUCAGUGCAGCAGACAGUGAAUGAAAUUACAAAAAAAAAAAACGUUUUAAAAUAUAACAAGAAAAUUAAAAGAAAUUCAAAAAGUAUUGAGCAAAAAGACUUGACAUAAAAAGGAAGAAAGAAAAAAAAAACUGUUGAAAAUUGUGAAAACCUGAUGGCAACAACAGCAACAACAAAAGCCGCCGCCGCAGCAGCAGCAGCGCCACCAACUGUUGUCAGCGCAAGCAGCAACAGCAACAGCAGCGGCAACAACAACAACAGCACUAAAAACAACAACAAGAACAACUCGAGCUUGAACAACAUUAUUAGUGCACCCAUCAAAAUUCCACUAAGCGAAAGAUUCUCAACACAAACAUCAACGGGUUCGGCCGACAGCGGCGUCAUCGUGACGAGUGCGUCACAGAAGCAGCUCUGCAGCGUCGGCGGUGGCGGCGGCGUCAACGUCGGCAUCGGCAUCGGCAUCGAUACCUCACAGCAGACGCUGCUGCAGCUGCAACAACAGCUGCCACAGGUGCGCAGCAGCAGCGGCUCGCUUAGUCUUCAUGGUCCGCUGCCGAAAUGGCAACGCCAGCAGCAGCGUCAACAGCAGCAACAGCAGCGUCAACAGCAGCAGCAACAGCUGCUGCUCAGCCAGGACAGCGGCAUCGAGCAGCGUGGCGGCGAGGGGGCAUCCUCUGGUGCGGGUGGUGGCCAAUCGAACAGCAGCAGCGAAUCCCUUGGCAGCAGCAGCGGCAAUGAACAGUUGCUGCCAGUCGGCGCUGGCUGCGCUGCCGGCAGAACGCGCGCUGCCUCUGCCCUGGAGUUGAGCAGCGUUGGCGUCGGCGCUGGCGUCGGAAUCGGCAUUGGUAUUGGUGUUGGCAUCGGCGCAUUGCGACGCAUUAAAUACAAGAGCACGAACAGCACAGGAACACAAGGAUUCGAUAUGGAGGAUCGCAUUGAAGAAGUCGACAUUGGUGAUAAUCCCGAUGAUGUUGAUGAUGAUGAUGAUGAUGAUGAAAUGGAAGAAGAAGAGGAUGACGAAGAAGAAGAAGUGGAGGAGGAUGAUGGUGUUGCUGUGGAUGUGGAUGAUGUCGAUGAUGUGGAUGAGGAUGAUACACAAUCGGGCAUUGUUAUCAACAUUGGUGCACACAACAAAAAAGAGCUGGACGCCGAGCAGCAGCAACUGAAGGCGGCGAUUGCAGCCAAAGUGAAGGCCGAGGAGGAGUUGCCACUGGAAUCGGCACCAUUAACAGUUGCCGCCGCGGCAGCGAAGCGACGUGAUGUAAGGAGUUUGGGCACAGAUGGACACAUCUAUUUUCCAUUGUUGAAAAUCAAUGAGGAUCCGCAUAUUGAUGCCAAGCUGAUAAAUCGCAAGGAUGGACUACAGGAUACCAUGUAUUAUCUGGAUGAAUUUGGCAGUCCGAAGCUGAGGGAGAAAUUUGCCAGAAAGCAAAAGCAGCGACAGGCCAAACAGCAAAAGGCAAUGUUGAAGCGGGAGAGGGAGGAGCAGCGGAAGAAGCGCAACACAACGGUGGCAUCCAAUUUGGCGGCCAGCGGCAUUGAAACCAAAGAUCAACAACAACAACAACAACAAGCACCCAAUAAUAACAACAAUCACUGUGAUAGAAAUCGUUCAACGAUUAUUAAUAAACAGUUAUCGGAACCCGAUAAUAAUCAUCAUCAUCAUCAUGAUGAUCAUGAUGCCGAUGCUGCUGACAUGGUCAAGAUGCGUGUACGCAGUCAUAGCCAUGAUAAUCAUUAUGAUACCAACAUCAGCAACAGCAGCAGCAACAACAGCAACACUAUUCAAAACGCCCGCCGUCGUCACUCCAAUGAUAUCGAUCUCGAUAACGAUAUCGAUGUCGAUGACAAUGAUAUUGAGACGGGAGCGGAAGCUGCGUUAGAUGCUGAUGCUGCUCUCGAGAGGGUUAAGACUGCGAAAUUGGCUAGAACACAAUCCUGCGUUAGUUGGACCAAAGUGGUGCAAAAGUUUAAGCAUAUAUUAGGCAUGAAACAAUUGAUCGGCAAAUUGAAUGAUUUGUGGCCCGAACAUAGCGUCGCAUUGUCCAUUCCAAAGGAGGUCGAUAGAAGCAAGGAGAAACUAGAGGGCGCUUGGGAAACAACAGGUCGUGAUGGUUCCAAAAUUACAACAGUCGUUGCAACGCCCGGCCAAGGCACCGAUCGGGUUCAAGAAGUUUCCUAUACAGAUACAAAAGUCAUCGGCAAUGGCAGCUUUGGUGUCGUCUUUCAGGCGAAACUCUGCGAUACCGGCGAAUUGGUUGCAAUCAAAAAAGUUUUACAAGACAGACGAUUUAAGAAUCGUGAAUUGCAAAUAAUGCGCAGGUUGGAGCAUUGUAAUAUUGUAAAACUUUUAUACUUUUUCUAUUCGAGUGGUGAAAAGCGUGAUGAAGUAUUUUUGAAUUUAGUCCUCGAAUAUAUACCAGAAACUGUAUACAAAGUGGCACGUCAAUAUGCCAAAACCAAGCAAACGAUACCAAUCAACUUUAUACGGCUCUACAUGUAUCAAUUGUUCAGAAGCUUGGCCUAUAUCCAUUCGCUGGGCAUUUGCCAUCGUGAUAUCAAGCCGCAGAAUCUGCUGCUCGACCCUGAAACGGCCGUACUCAAGUUAUGUGACUUUGGUAGUGCCAAGCAGUUGUUACACGGCGAGCCAAAUGUAUCGUAUAUCUGCUCCCGAUAUUAUCGGGCACCCGAGCUCAUAUUUGGCGCCAUCAACUAUACAACUAAAAUUGAUGUAUGGAGCGCCGGUUGUGUGCUUGCCGAACUGCUGCUGGGACAGCCAAUAUUUCCGGGUGAUUCGGGUGUCGAUCAGCUGGUCGAAGUUAUCAAAGUUUUGGGCACACCGACAAGAGAACAAAUACGCGAAAUGAAUCCAAACUAUACGGAAUUCAAAUUUCCACAGAUUAAGAGUCAUCCAUGGCAAAAAGUUUUCCGUAUACGGACUCCGACAGAAGCUAUCAACUUGGUGUCCCAGCUGCUAGAGUACACGCCCAGCGCACGUAUAACACCGCUCAAGGCAUGUGCACAUCCGUUCUUCGAUGAGCUGCGCAUGGAGGGCAAUCACACUUUGCCCAAUGGACGCGAGAUGCCGCCACUUUUCAACUUCACAGAGCAUGAGCUCUCGAUACAGCCUAGCUUAGUGCCACAGUUGUUGCCAAAGCAUCUGCAGAAUGCAGCAGUACGCGCCUCAGCUGGCGGUGGCACAGCAACUGCCGCAGCCAGUGGCUCCACCAGCGUCUCCUCAACCGGCAGCGGUGCGUCCGCGGAUGGUGCCGCACAGUCACAGCAGCAGGCGCCAACAUCAGCAGCCGCAGCAGCAGCAGGAGCAGGAGGAGCAACAACAGCAGCUGGCGGUGCAGCAGCAGCAGCAGGUGGCGUGCAACAACAACAACAACAACAGCAAGGCAUCAACAGUAGCAGCAGCAACAGCGGUACCGCAACUGCCGCGCCAAAUGCCGCUGCAACGGCUCCAAAUACGCAGCAAUCAAAUGCGGCCGCAACUGGCGCUGGCGGUGGCGGUGGUGGUGUUGCGGCAGCUGCCACAGCAGCCGGCGCGAUUGCCGCAAGCAACGCUGGUGGCAACAACAUAACUGGUUCACAGUCUAACAGCGCCCUGAACAACAGCGCCAGUGCCAACGUCAGCGGCAGCGGCAAUGGUGAUGGGGAAGCCAGUGCUGUUGGUGAUGAAGGCGGUGCUAAUGGUGGUGGUGCUGGCAACGGCAACGGCAGCGGUGACAAUGGCGCAGCAGCAGAGGCUGAGCAGGCGGCAGCGGCAGCGUCGGGCAGCGCAUCGGGUUAGCGCAAUGGUCCCGCUCUGUUAAUGUAAAUGUUGUUUACAGCCUACUGUUAUUAACAUUUUUUUUUUCGCUCGCCCUCUUUAUGCAUAUUGCGGGGUUUAAGUAAAUUUAACAGCAAUUUACAAAUUCACAUACACACACACACACACACGCACACACAUAAAAUUGGCAAUGCAAAGAGAGGAUCGAAAGUAAAUUUGACAAACAACAACAACAAUUUUCACAUAAUUAAUCACAUAAGCGUAGAAAUUGGUUUAACAGCCCACACACAUACACGCGCACACACACCUACACCUACACGUGUGUAAGCAGUUGUGAUUCUUGAAAGUAGUCUCCCUUAACCUAAGAGCUGCUCUGCCCCCAAUGAUGCGUACUUAAGAGAUCACACGUGAGAGUCUAUAUGCGUGCGUGUGUGUGAACAAGAGAAUAACUGGCAUGUAUGUGUGUAUGGAUGCAUGUACAAUGGGCGCAAGGCAAAUAUUUAGCGUAAUAUAUUUGACAAAGUAAUUGAAUGGAUAUAAAAAUAAAAACAAAAAA